AUGAUCGUUGUAUUGCUAGCAGUACUGGUUGUAGCCAUCUACUAUUUCGGCACCCGCAAUCAUGACUAUUGGGACAAGAGAAAUGUCAAGCACGAUCCUCCGGUGUUUCUAUUCGGGAACAACUACAAGGGCUUCAUUGGACGGCAAAGCUUCACAGAGGUAGCCAACGACCUAUAUAACCGGUUCCCAAACGAUAAAGUAGUUGGAUUCUACAGGGGCACCACUCCGGAGCUAUACAUAAGAGAUCCAGAUAUCGUCAGGGAUAUAUUGAACAAUGAUUUCGCUCAUUUCUAUCAUCGGGGACUUGGAAGAAACCCAAAGGUAGAGCCAUUGGUAAGGAACUUGUUCCAAGCAGAAGGAGAUCUAUGGAAGCUCCAGCGACAGCGAAUAACGCCCGCGUUCACGACCGCUAAGCUGAAGGCAAUGUUCCCGCUGGUGGUGCGGUGUGCGGAGCGCCUGCAGGGGGUGGCGCACGAUGCCGCGGCCCGAUCAGACACCUGCGACGUGCGCGAGCUGAUGGCGCGCUUCACCACAGAAUUUAUCGGAGCCUGCGGCUUUGGCGUCGAUACUGACUCCCUCGGCAAUGAAGACUCCGCCUUCAGAAACAUUGGCAGGAUGAUCUUCGCUACCCCGCUACCGAUCGUAAUUAAGCUCAUGUUGUGGCAACUUUUUCCACCGCUAAGAUCGUUCCUUCAUGUUGCCAAUCCGAAAGUUCGCGAUGGCAUUUUUGAUUUAGUGAAAACCGUCAGAAAAGAUAGACAAUAUAAGCCUUCUGGUCGUCAUGAUUUCAUAGAUCUACUCCUGGAAUUGGAGAGCAAGGGAAAAAUUGUAGGAGAAUCAGUUGAGCACCGGAACGCUGACGGGUCUCCCGUAAUUGUGGACAUGGAAAUGGACAUCAAAAUGAUGGCUGCCCAAGUGUAUGUAUUCUUUGGUGCAGGAUUUGAAACUUCUUCGUCUGCUACAAGCUUUUUAUUGCACCAGCUGGCAUUCAAUCCUGAAACACAAACCAAGAUCCAGUCGGAGAUCGAUGAAGUGUUACAAAAAUAUGACAAUAAGUUGUGUUACGAUGCGGUAGCGGAGAUGACGUUGCUUGGUACGGCUUUCAAGGAGGCAAUGAGGAUGUUUCCAUCUCUGGGUGUACUAAACCGUGUGUGUGCUCGGACUUAUACAUUCCCUCAACUAGGUGUGACUAUUGAUCCUGGGGUAAAAAUUGUGAUCCCAGUGGAGGCGCUGCAAAAUGACGAGAAGUAUUUCGAUAACCCGCGAGAAUUUCGGCCGCAGCGAUUCACUCCCGAAGAAGUGCAGAAGCGACACAAAUACGUGUACUUGCCAUUCGGAGAUGGGCCCAGAGCGUGUAUAGGAUCACGUCUAGGCGAGAUGCAGUCGUUGGCGGGGCUUGCGGCGGUACUGCAGCAGUGCAGCGUGUCGCCGGCGUCCGAAACCCAGCGUGUGCCGCCGGUAGAUUCCCGCUCGAACAAUGUGCAGGCCGUCCGGGGAGGAUUGCCACUGAAACUCACCAAUAGACGUUAAAAGAGAAACGUGUCAAAAAACCAUACGGAUUACCUGCUAGGCAGUUCAGGACAUACUUGCCCGCCUAAAGCUACGAACUACGAAGACAUGACGUUUGUUGUGAAUAUUAUAUUUUAUAGACAGUUUAUUAUUCAAGUAGGCAUAUUCCAAUGCGCUUAUGAACGUUAAAUAAAGCUACGCCGACUCUGUGUAUUAAGGUUCAAUGUCAAAUGACAUCACUAAAAUUGCUAUGGUAAUAAAAAAAUAUUAGAGGGUAGGGUUGCAACAAUCGGGAAUUUCGAAUAAGUUUAGUAGGAAAUGGUUUAUUUUUUAUUUUAUUUGUAUUUUUUUAAGGUUUGCCAACAGGUGUAAUACAUAUUUAAACUUAUUGAAAACGUGGCAAUAAAAACAAAUUGCUCGAGUAUUCACCCAAUAACAGGCAAACAUAACAUGCAUAUGAAAUUUAAGUAAUUGCUUACAUAAAUCUUAAACUAAGAAGUUUCCAAACCAAUUCUUGCUUCCAUUAUAAGCAGUAAAUGUAAUCACUAAAGUUUCAUUACUUUACAUAUAUUGAGUAGCUAGAAAACCGCAAAUCUAAGUUAAUUAACAAACUGCAUAGAAAUUGUAUUAAUGUCCUAUUAUUUUGUCACUUAUUGCACUUCUGACUUCUGACAACCCUAUACAGGUGUGAAGACAUCUUUUGUUUUAGAAACAUAUAAAUCACUUUAAGCUUUAAUAAAACUGUGUUCAGGUCGAAACUCACUUCUCCGUAUUACAACUUAUUACCUUUCGAAAAUAAAAAUGCUAUUGUAACGAGUUUUAUUGCUGUUCACUAUAAAGGCGGCGU